AUGGCGAACUCCAACAUCUCAGACAAGGCUGCCGCUGCAGUUUGCGAGCAGUACAAGAAGCAAACUCUUUUGCGCUGCGCCGGAUGCCAGCGAAGCUACUAUUGCUCCGAGGAUUGCCAGAAGACGGCUUGGCCAACACACAAGAAAGACUACAAGACCAUGCGCGCCUACGAAGAAGCGAUCAUUAUACCAAUGACAAACGAAACAGCAGCGAUAAUGUUCCAUGAAGACCACUUCGCACCCGUCCAAGUUCGCCUGAGGCACACCCUCCACAAGCCCGGCUACGCGAGGAUAGACAUGGGUAGCUCGAUAGUGAUCACCCAAGAAGAAGAGGAUCAAUGUCAAUGCCUCGCACUGGGUUGGUUCGACGCUACUAGAGACAGUACCCAUAAUAUCGGCCUCGACCUCGACCUCGGCCUCGACCUCGACCUCGGCCUCGACCAUACCGUUCGUGUACACUACCGCGACGACUUUGUUCUGGACAAGAGUGACGAGGACGAGCACAUGAACGACGAGGGAGCGGACGACAAAGAUAAGUUGUUGGUGAACAAGGCUAUCCUGACCAGUACAAUCUGA